UCAGCGCAGGCGCAGAAAGGCCGACGGAGCUGAAGGCGGGGCGCGGUGCUAGUAGGCCCAAGUCAACAAUAUGGCGGUCAGGGGUUGCUACGGUACCCAAGUUUGAAGGGGGUUUCGGAGGCCUCGCCUCUCUUGUUUUCUACCUCACAUCUUCCUCAACUCGCCCGCCAUGGCCCGGCACAGAAACGUCCGUGGCUACAACUACGACGAAGAUUUUGAAGAUGAUGACCUUUAUGGGCAGUCUGUAGAAGAUGAUUACUGCAUCUCACCAUCAACAGCUGCUCAGUUUAUUUAUUCAAAACGAGAUAAUACUUCAGUCUCUGCAGAACCUUUAGAGGAACAUGAUUAUGAAGACUCUGAACAUAGCAAUUUUAUCUCCAGUCACCAGCUGACUGGACUUGAAAAAGCUCAGCUAAAUUCAUGCCUUGGUCAUAUGAAAGAAGUUCUUGGAGAUUCAGUGCCAGAAAAAAUGCUGGUGGAAGCAGUACUCAGCAAAAACUUUGAUAUACAGCAAGCUUUGGACUCUAUCCUUGCACAAGACAAUAAGCAAAAUGGGAAGACCAAGAAUGAGGAUAAUAUAAUUGUAGGAAAACCAACUAAAGGCUUAUUUUGUUCAGAAAUAUUUUCUAAUAUUAAUCACUUGACUAAUUUGGUUGAAAACAUUUCUGAUUCCACUGGUUCCUCCUUUAGUUUUAAUGGUCCAAUUGUCAAUGCUGAAUCCACUUAUAAUACUUCAGUUCCAAGUGAUAAAAUCCUCCUCAGAUCCAAAUGUUGGAAAACCCCUGCUAAAAAGAAAACUUUUACAUCUUCAUGCAAAUCCUUGGAAAUUAUUCCUUUAUCAUUAGGUGAUGGCAAUGAACAAUCCAUCAAGUGUGACACUCUCCCACAAGCUAAGAGCAAUAGCACUACAAUUAGGGAACCUUGCACUGAAUAUGGCACUUGCUAUAAUUUGGGGGCUGAAUUGCUUAAAGAAAACCUAUCAGAAAAAAAUUCUUGGAGUUGGGCUGAGUUUAAAGACCUUAAGAACUUAAAAGACAUACUUAAUGAAACAGGUGAUUCAUCAGAUGCACAAGCUGGUUCAUUAAUCAUGCGACAGAAAAAAGAUGAUUGUGGACCCAAAAGCUGCUUGGAUAGUUACUUUGAUAAUUUAAAACUAGAUAAUAUAAAUGAUACAUCUAAUAAAAUGACUGAAUCUUUUGAAAGCAAAAACAAGGGUUGCUUUCAAGGGUGCAGCAGCAAUUCUUUGAAGGUUAGCAGCUUAUCAUUUUCAAUGUCUGAAAGUCCAUCACUGGCUGAUCUCCUGCAGGAACAUCAAGAAAGCAAUUCAAGCAAGCCUUGCUCAUUGCAUAAUCUUUGCAAUUUACCCUCAGCAGACCUCACAGAUAUGGAAUUAGAACAUUCACCAUUGUCUCAGCUAGCAAACCAUCUUCCAGUAUCAUCUGGCAUGACAGAACUCUCAGGAUCCUUAUCUUCCUUGACACAUUCUAAGUCAUCUCCAGUAAAAGAGCUUGAGAGUUUAUCACUUUCAGAUUUAAUUGCAAAAUCUAUUGCAGUGGACAGCCCUGAAAUAAUAAACAGCCAUUCAGAAUUUCAUUUAGCUAAAAAGGUGCAACCUUCAGUUGUAAAUUCAGAUAUUGAUCUAAGUGUACUUAUUAGAAAAUCAGUAUUAUCACCAGAGCCUGAAGAAAUGCAGUUAAAUACAAUGCUUCCAGAAACUAAAGCUUUAUUUUCAAAGCAGGGGCAGCAAAUGUUUUUAACUAAAGUAAGCAAGAAAAGCAAAAAAAAAGUGAAGUCACCUAUUUUAAAAGGCACUGUUUCAUGGGCAAAAGCUUUGUGUGCAAAACCCUCCACUUUUGCUAUAACUUUAUGUCUUCAUUACCCUUCAAAGAGAUGUAAACAUCAAAGUGUAAAUAUCCAUAAGGCUUUUUUGUAUAGCAGGCAAAUACAAGAAGCAAAAGUUAAUGAAAUUGGACCCUUAAUGGCAAUCACUCCAUUUGAUUUCAAAUCACCAUCUCCUGAUGAUAUUGUAAAAUCAGGUCAAAAGAAGGCAUUCACUAGGUAGUGCAAUGAACCAAUGUUAAUUUUGAUUAUUUCUGAAGUUUAAACUGUUUUGUACAAUAUUAUUUUGGAUUCCAAAUUGGAAUAGAUUUUGUAAAAGCAAAGUAAAUUUCAGGUUAUAUUGGGUAGCUCAAUUUUUAGUAAAGAUUUUAAAGGAUGCACUGGAUUCUAGUCUUGUUAUUGUUUUAUCGCUUACUGAAUUAUUUUGGUUGGUUGGAGAAAAUAUUGUAUGCAGUAGUUCUAAAAAAGAACAAUAUUAACACUAUGAUUUCAGAUUUAAAAAUUACAUUGUGGAACAAAUUCUUGAAAAAAUAUAUUACUAUAAGUAAUUCACCAAUUUUGUUUUUAAUAUUUGAUAUGCCACUUAAAAGCUUUGAGACAUGUAUUUUUCUUUUCCUACCUUUUACCUAUUAAUUCAUAAAUCUGAGUUACAAUAUGAUUUGUUUAUUUUGGUUUUAGCAUAAAAUGCAAAUCUGUCCACUGCAGUUUGUCAUUUUUGUGUUGUUUUUCAAGGAUCUGUACAUAAGUAAAUGAAAAACAAAUCAUAUUAUGAAUUAGACUUUUCUUUCAUCUUUUUGUCAUACAUCUUGAAAAUUAAGUAAUGAAGACUCUGUAAUAGUGUAUAAACACUGUUGGGCAUAGUAGUAAACAAUUUAUAAACUUUAAUGAAAGCAGUUUUACUUAUUUGAAAGCCAUCCUGGCUUUUAGAUAAGUUCUAAAAGACAGUAUUGUAAACCCCUUUUUCACCUGGAAUAUUGUAUAGCCAACGAUGUAAGAAUAGAAGGGAAGCUUAUGUGAUUAAUCUUCUUCCCACUGAGAAUCCGAUUCAGUGGGGCCAAUUGAAGAUUAUUGAUAGAGUUUUAAGAGGAUUACAGAAGGAAGAUGGACUUGCCUGAACGUGAUUGGAGAAAUAUUGCACUGUUUGUAUGAAGUGACCAAUCUGAAAAUUCUCUUAUUCCAUAAUGCUUAUAGUAUAUGAUAGGUCUCCCAGCCAUUUUUGGUGGGGAAGGAGAGCCUUGAGGGGAAGGGCAGAAAAAAACCAGAUCUAUGAUAUCAAGUUGCUGGUUGUAUAUGCAUCAUUGGGCAUUACAGUUUUAAAAAAUAUUUUUCUUUAUUUUUUCAUUUAAUGAAGUAAUUUUUUUUUUUUUUGCCGAAAUAGGUAUACAUGGUAAGAACUGUUGCCAAUCUUUUUUUUUCUGGACUAUGUAUUUCUUACAUGUAUAUAUGCAUAUAUUGAAAUAUAUUAAAGGUGCAUGCUAAACAUUUUAGAUGCAUUGUUUAAAAAAGCUCCUUCAUUUCUUCCUUUGUGCAGUGGGCAAAAGAAUUAUAGAACUUCUACCCAUAAUUCCCCAUGUCAUUUUAACAAAGGAAACUCAGGUCAUCAGCUUUAUUAGAACAAUUGGGAUUCUUCCGAAGAGGUUGUUGAAUGGUAGAAAGACAGGAGGGAAAAUACAUUUUUGUUCAAAGGAUCCUUACCUGCCAUUAAUACAAAAUAUAUAUUUCUUUAUAUUUAGUAGAUACCUUAGUGGAAUAAUAUUGCAUUAGUGUAACUGGGAAUUAUAUAUAUAUAUCUCAAUUUUCUUACUUCUUCGUAGGGUUUAUGUGUGUUUUUCUUCUAGCCAGGUUUUCCCUACGUAGCCAAGGUUUUUUUGUAGCUCCAGCUCAGUAGAGCUGGCUAGAAGAAAAACAUAUAUAUAUAUAUAUAUAUAUAUAUAUAUAUAUAUAUACACACACACACACACACAUCUGUGAGUGCAUAAUAUAUAUGAGAGAGAUGAUGUAAUAUAUACUUUUUAAGCAUGCGAAAAUACAAAUUUCAUUCCAUUGCAUGUCAAAACAAAUUAUUUGUUGCAAUUCAGGGAACUUGUUAAAUAUAAAUGUUUAUACAUUUUUAAAAGAGUAAGAAAAAUGUCUUUUCCAUAAUUUUCUGCUCCAUGAAAUGUUUUUUUUUUCUUUUUUCACUUUUGAUAAAUAUUCUUACAAUUCUGCCAUGUACUCUUACAAAAUUCAGGUCUCCCAAUCUUUGUAAAUGUAGGAUUUUUCUCUUUUUCCCAUAGAGAAACUUGAAUAGAUGAGAAAGUAAGGAAAAGGUCUCUGUGAGAGAUAUUGAUAAGCAGCUGUACACACUUAUUAAUUCAAAUAAGGGAUAAACUGCACAAUUGUUUUAAUGUUGUGUAUUUAUCCAAAUGUAGAACAUCUUUAUUGUAUAUAUAAAAACAUUAUUGGAUAAAUUUUUAAAUAUGGUAUUGAUGUAUAUAUUUAGAUAAAAACAAAUCUGUCCAAAGAUGACAUUUUAUUUUCUUAAUCUUAUGAUUGUUACUUGUUUCCUAGAAUGUUUUAAUCUACAUUAAAUUUUGAAAAUAUUUCUGAUGUUAAAUAUUCUUUACAUGUUGUGAGUAUAAUCUUUUUGUGGUGAUUGUUGCUUUUUAAUAAAUUUUCUUUUUCCUGCCCAACAUUCGGAUACAGAAACUUAGUAUAUACACUGGCCAUGAGUUUACUGUGCCAUAUCUCUGUUAAGUGAACUAUUUAUCCACUUAUUCUCCACUACUUAAACCUGCGAUUUAAAGGUAACCCAGAGGUAUACUGAUUUAUAGAGGAGCAUUCUAUAGAACUGAAGGAUAGGUAGAUUGUUGUAUGUAUGGUGGAUACUGGCCUCAUAUUGUAGAUAGUUGUAAAUCAAAUUGUAAAUUGUGUUUAAAAAGUGGGGGAUAAAGUUGCAUUUUUAGAGGAAUCAAAUGUGGAUUUUGCAUUUACAUUUUAUUAAUAUUUUAAUGUUUUAAAGCUAUACUUUUCUUUAUGUGGAUAAAUGUAGUACAAUUUUACUUGUGUGUAUUUUUGAAGAAUAAGAUUGUUUAAAUAAUCCUUUAACUGAAACUUUUAUGUUUAUUUGGAGAAUAUAAAAUGGGCUAAAAAUAUUCAGAGUUUUCUGAAGCCAGCAUCACAGUUGUUUUAUGCAUUCAGUGUUUUAAAGUAAAAUUGGCUUGUAAUUUUCUUCAUGAAUUAUAUUCAUAAUAAAAUUAUGAUUUAAUCAGU